CAUCACGAUUCAAUUUAAGAAAAUUAAUACGAAUGUUACAAAUACAAGCGUCAACACUCAAAAUUUUAUUCAUUUGCGAAGUUACAUUCAAAAUGGUCGUAUCGUCUGGUAAAGCAAGCGACGCCGCCGAACGUUCUUUAACAGUACAUUAUGCAAAUUACAAAGAAGAUAUAGUUUUGAAAAAGAAUCUGGAUAUAUUAAAUAGAACUGAAAAGAAUAUAGUUCACAGUGUUCAGAUAGACCAAAAAAUUCUCUACAAAAGAUUUCAAGAUAAGCUUCAUCGCUCGAAGUUAGCUUAUGCUCGUUUGUAUGGCGACAAGGAAAAAGAAAGAGAACUAAGAGCAAAAAAUUUGCGGUCUUUGAAUAUAAAUGUUGGUGAUUCUGAGCAGGAUUAUGAAUUUCUGAAGAAGAUACAACCAAAUAAGGGGGCAAAACCAAAGAAAACAUCGAGAGUUAAGAUAAACAUUGAUGCCGUUAUUGAUGAUGUUUUUGAUGAGGAAGCACCAAGACUUAGAAGUAGGUCAAUGUCUGAAGGUAGCAUGACACCAUUACCGGUGACCACGUAUGCGCAUCCUAUUACUACAAGACCAUCAUCUGCUAAAUAUGGAAGAAAUGACCAACGUACGCAAUGUUUUCCAGUGACCGCCUUGAGUGCAAAUGGAAAUACGCCCGACAAAAACUUGCUUAAAGUUCCGACCAUUGAUACACGACCGAGAACAUGUUCACCAAAAUUAUCCGGACCUCGAUCUAGGCGUAACUCUAGUGUUGCAACGAAAAAUGGAAGUAAAUCGCCUAGGAGAUCUACAAACUUGUUUGAGCAUGAUGAGUAUGUCGAUCAUGUCGAAAGGAGACUGAGAGAAUUAAAAACUUUGGAUUUUACGGACAAGAUUGGAAACUUUUGCGAAUCCCUAGAGGACUAUAAAUCCGAUAAAAACGGAAAUAUUGAUUAUUACACAAUGCGUGUGGAAGCUUCACCAAAAGUACAAAAUUUGAUCGAUAUACCAGGAACGCCAGAUGAACAGUAUCAAAAACAUUUUGGAAACCUAACUGUUAAAAGUUUAACAAUGAAGAAGCUUAAUUUUGAUUUUAGCAAAAGUGAUAGUAGCCAGAGUCAUUUGUUUACACCGGAUGCGUCAGCCAUGCUAAGAUAUGAAUCAUCUGAGGACUCUGAUUCGGAUUCCGAUUGAAAGGUUUUACUGUAGAUGAAAUAGCUCUUAUAUAACGAACCGUAAAAUGGGGAUGAACAUAUAUAACGUU